GACCUCAACGCGGCCCAAUUCAAAUUUUUUCUGCACCCUGGCAGUGUUUUGUGUUCGCCUUGGGCGGCGGACUUUAUUUUCUUUUCCGAGCUAUUUUAAUAUUUACAGAAGUGAGAGGUGGUGUAGACCUGGUUUAAAUAAACAAUGGGGAGCCGGAAAAGUGAAGCCUUAGCGUUCUCCCUUGUGACCGGCAUCAAUCAUGCCAUGGCGAAGCUGGUGGAUAUCUGGGACAGUAUCGGUAUCAUGGAGGAUCAGAGGAUCGAGCGGAUGCAGGCUGUAAAGAAAUACAUUGAGGAUCUGCUGACUGACAUGAUCACUGAAGAGGAGUCUCUAAGGCAUCGCAUCAGAACCAGCAUCAUCACCACUCAGAAACAGUUAGAAACUCUGUGUCUCGAGUUAUCGAUGGAACCAUACAAGUCAGAGGAAGAACUGACGGUGCUGCAGAUCGAGAAGAACCUGCGCUGUCGCCUGGAGACUUUACAGAAGGAGAAGAACGAACGGCUGAGGGAACUAAAUGACCUGAGGCGGGAGGAUGAAGAGCUCUGUGUGACGCUGUGUGUGACGCCGUACUACAUUCCCAGCGCCACCAUGCCCUCCCGCACCCAACUACAAGAGCUACGAGCCCACAUCAAACAACUCAGUGAGGAAAAGGAAAGCCGGGUGAAGGUCUUCUCUGGGCUCCGGGAGGAGAUCAGGAGUCUGAUGGAUGAGAUGGGUCAUGAACCUGAAACCAGCCUGGAGAGAGAGUCUGUAUCGUCCGACACCGACAUCUUCCUGCUGACACACGACAACAUAAAAGCUCUUAAACUGCUGCUCGCUCAGCUGGAAAUGAAAAGGGAAUCCCUCGUUUCCUCUCGGGACAAACUGAAGGAUCGAGCUACGAGCCUGUGGUAUCGCCUGGGCUGUCCCGAAGAGGAAGCCGAGGAAUUCAAGCGGGAGGCGCCGACCACUCUCUGCGAUGACAUCAGAAGGUGGCAGCGUGCUGUGGAUAGUCUGGAAGUGCUGCAGAAGUCCAAGCUGGAGGAGGUGAUCGAUAAAGUCCGCCAGGAGCUUGUGGUUCUCUGGGAGAAGUGCAUGUUCGGCCCGGAGCAGCGAGAAGCUUUUAAUGCACACUUCUGUGACUCUAAUUACACCGAGGAGCUGCUCAGCCUGCAUGACCAGGAGGUUCUGAAGGUGAAGGAGUUUUACGAGUCGGCGCGUCCGUUACUCGAGAGCAUCGAGAAAUGGGAGAGGCACUGGGUUCUCUUCCAAGACUUCGAGAGAAAGGCAGCAGAUCCGAACCGUUUCUCUAACAGAGGAGGAGCGCUGCUGAAGGAAAGCAAGGACCGAGCCAAAGUGCAGAAGCUGCUUCCUAAGCUAGAGGAGGAUCUGAACUCGCGUGUGGAGGUUUGGGAGAAGAAUCAAGGCUCGGUGUUUCUGAUGCGAGGUGUGAGGGUGAUGGAUUACAUCUCAAAGCUGUGGGAAGAGCAUCGCUCCCAGAAAGACAAGGAGAAGAACGAGCGUAUGUCCAAGAAAGCCGAUAACACCCAGUUUAAAACGCCCAGCAAAAGACCACACGGAGGAACCAACAUCAGCGUCACUCCCAGCAAGAUCAGAAAGACUCCUAAUCAGUCAGCGCUGCGCACCACCACGGUGAGCAGUUCCAGCAGCAGCAGCACCAGCAGCGCGUCCAGCACGUUCCUGUGUGUGCCGGGCAAGCCUCCACUCUCAGCCAAGAGGGUCAAAACGCUUGAGACGAGCUCAGGGCCCCGGACACCGCUGCAGGAGCAUAACGGCGAUAAGAAGCCCAUCUCGAUCACCUACUCUGAUUUUACUACCGAGCUCUCCAAGAAGGCCAGUUUCGACUCGGUCCUGAACUCCACUGUGAAAGACAUGCUGUAAUUCACCACGAACCGUGGAUCGUUCUUCAUUUCUGGUCACCUGUAGGUCAAACGCUCAUGUGCAGCUUCGUUUUUAAUUCGUUUUUAGUCAGAUAUUCGCAGAUGAUGCUUUUAUGUCAGUUUCAUAUCAUGAUUUUAUACAAGCUUGUUUUUUCACUAUUGGCUGUUUUAAAUCUUUAUUUUCUUUAUUUUUCCGUUUUGCCAGUAAAACCCUCAGGCUCAUUUCAGUUGUUUGUGCUGAGCACUUUUUCAACUGUUUAUAUUUUACUGUAUGUCUCUGUAUCUGUUUAUUUUGCCAAAAUAAAUAUCUACAUUUCUAA